CCUUGUAGUUUGCAGUUUUUUUUGUCGCGUGUGUACUGUUGCCUACCUUGAAAAUAAUUAAAAUAAUUACCUCGUGACCGAAGAUGGGAUGUCAGUGAUGGUUUUUGAAUAACUUACGAAGUAAAAUUGAUUUUGCCGAAAGUCUGGGACUAGUUUGUUUUAAAAAUGUUGGUUGGUUUUAGAUGAAACUUGGAAGACUUAAGAAAGUAAUUUAUUAAGAAACUGUGAUCCAAGAUGACGUUCCUGCAGUUACGAAUGCUGCUAUGGAAAAAUUAUGUUUUGAGGAAACGACAGAAGGUACGGUGCGUGGCAGAAAUUAUAUGGCCCCUAUUUCUGUUCUUGAUUCUCAUGUGGGUACGCACCCGGGAGCUGAAGGACUAUGUUCAUGAAUGCCAUUUCGACCGUAAAGCCUUGCCAUCUGCAGGGCAGAUUCCUUUCCUGCUCAGCUUCUUCUGCACCUUCAACAACACUUGCUAUGCUUCGGACAGGUCGUACAACAACAGCCCGGAUUCAUACAAUAAUUCCAUAUUUUAUCGUCUUAUGAGUGACGUUGAGCUUGUCCUGCAAAAUGAAACCACAUUGCAGAAAAUCAGGAGUGCGAGCAGAGCGAUGAAAGACUUCGAAGACCUGUCGUAUUUGAUUAGAAAUAUUACAUCGGGAUCAAGGACAUUCAAAGGUCACGUUAGCAUGAUGAACUUACUGAGAGAGAAAUCCGAACUGAUGGAUAUAAUUGGUGGCAACGUCAGCGAAAGUGAUUUGAACUCUUUACUGAACACACAAGUUAACUUGGAGCAUUUAUCUUUGACAAAUUUACUGGCCCUUUGGCAGAAUCCUCAGGAAAUGUUGUGUGACGGAGAUUUCCUGUCCAAGUUGAUUGAAUCAAAUGAACCUGAUGCUGUGGGAUUGGUUCAGGAUGUUUGGUGCAAAACAGACAACUUCUCUAUCUUUAGCAUUCUGAAGCCUGACUACGAGGCAGUUUUGGAAGAGUUGGUGAAUGCAGUCGAAGGCAACCUUGGCCGUGGAUUAAGUUACGAACAGUGGCACCAACUUACCAGCCUGAUGCAACAGGUUGCAUCUGAUGUGGCCGCCCUGGAUGCUUAUAAAUCGUUGCUGGAAAGAGUAACAUACCUCGGUAAGGAGUACCAGACCAUGAACUCCAAACUUCAAACCUACAACAUGUCUUCCCUUUACUCCAUCUUCACUCUGCUUCAGAAGAUCAUCUGCAGUCGCGACUGGGAAACCCGAGAACUGCGGAGCAAAGAGUAUGACCAGUCGAACAGAUUUGAUGCUUUUAGAGACCAGUUGCGUGAAAUGAACAAUGAUGUGGAAGAUUACAUUUAUGAUAAUGAUACUACUCCGUUCUGCAAUUCCGUUUUCAAGAAUCUUGAGAACAAUACAAUGACACGUUUUCUGUGGCUGCAAAUUAAGCCUUUGUUCAGGGGGAAGAUACUGUUUGCACCGGACACCGUGGCAACUCGCCGGGUGAUGCAGCGAGUGAACGAGACUUUCGACUCGAUACUGACGUUCAGGCUGAUGCUGGAAGAGACGCUGAACGAGACGGUGCGGCCUCUGAGGAACCUGGUGAAGGAUGUGGACACUGUUCGCUUCGUCAAGUCAUUCGUGGACUCGCCAAUGGGGAUAAGGCUUCUGCAACUGUCCGUGAAUAAUAGCAUCGUCAACACUUUCUUCAAAGAGAAUGUAGAUUGGCGGGAGGAAUAUGUGAAGAACUUCACAGAAAGUUUUUUAGAUAAUGACAAUGUGACAGUGCGAAAGAAGACUUUGGACUCGAUAGACAAUGCUCACGAGACAGCUUUAAAGGUGUUGGAGUGCUUCGAGAGCAACAAGAUAGCGGGCUUCGACACGGAGCAAGAGGCGGCCGAGCUGGGGAUGGAGUUGUUGCUGGUCAAGAAGCUGUGGGCCGUCGUGUCCUUCGUGGACUUCCCGGCCAACUCCUCGGACGCCUCGCUCCCCCCCUUCAUCACCUACAAGAUACGGAUGGACAGCAGCAGCGUGGACGAGACCAAGCAGAUAGAGGACCGGCUGCCCCGGCCUGGUCCUCGCCGCCGGCCGUCCAUAGACCUCAAGUACAUCACCAACGGCUUCGCCUACCUGCAGGACCUGAUCGAGAAGAGCAUCAUAAUGGACCACAGCGGCAGGAACUCCACUCCAGGGAUGUACUUGCAGCAGUUUCCCUACCCGUGCUACAUCGUGGAUACGUUCAUGCUGGCCAUCUCUCGCACCUUCCCGCUCUUCAUGGUGCUGUCGUGGGUGUACAGCUGCUCCAUGAUCAUCAAGUCUGUGGUGUACGAGAAGGAGCGCCGCCUGAAGGAGACCAUGCGCGUCAUGGGGCUCAGCAACUCCGUCCACUGGGUCGGCUGGUUCGUCGACAGCAUCCUGCCGGCGCUGGUCUCCGUCGCGCUGCUCACCCUCAUUCUGGUGGGGGGACGGGUGCUGGAGAACUCCGACCCGUCCGUGGUGUACGUGUUCCUGCUGCUGUUCUGCGUGGCGACCAUAGCGAAGAGCUUCCUCAUCUCCGUGUUCUUCUCCCGCGCCAACCUGGCGGCCGCCGCCGGCGGGAUCAUCUUCUUCAUGCUGUACCUGCCCUACCCCUUCAUGAUCAUCUGGGAGGAGAAGAUAUCCUCCCUGCCCAAGCUCAUCACGAGCAUCCUGUCAAACGUUGCAUUUGGUUUUGGAUGCUCGUACUUUGCCCAUUACGAAGAAAUGGGCGUGGGCGUUCAUUGGCACAAUUUUGGAGAGAGUCCUCUUUUGGGAGACAAGUACAACCUGAAAUAUGUGAUGUACAUGUUCGUGAUCGAUACAUUGGUCUAUCUGAUGCUCACCUGGUACAUAGAGGCUGUAUUUCCAGGACAAUAUGGUGUGCCUAAGCCAUGGUACUUCCCACUUCAAUGUUCGUACUGGAGAGGAAACGAUGCAACCGUCGGACCUAACAGCAUGUACUUUACCGAAAAUGAGAAAGGUGAAAAUUUUGAGACGGAGCCCAGUCAUCUGCCGUUGGGGGUGUCGGUUCACCAGAUGGGGAAGGUGUACGCGAACAGGAAAGUAGCCGUCCGCAACUUGAACAUAAACUUCUACGAAGAUCAAAUCACAUCUUUCCUGGGUCACAAUGGCGCCGGCAAGACAACGACCAUUUCAAUUCUGACAGGUCUGAUCCGACCGUCGUCUGGAACAGCCAAGGUGUACGGGCAGGACAUACGGCACGACAUGGAUUCCAUUAGAAAAAGCUUGGGAAUGUGUCCGCAGCAUAAUGUUCUUUUUGAUCUGCUGACGGUGGAGGAGCACCUGUGGUUCUACGCCCGGCUGAAGGGCCGGCGGGCUCAGGAGGUGAGGCGGGAGAUCGAGGACAUGCUCUGGGACCUGCAGCUGCCUGACAAGAGGGACACCUUGGCCCAGCACCUCUCCGGGGGCAUGCAGCGGAAACUGUCCGUCGCCGUCUCCUUCAUCGGUGGCUCGAGGACAGUUAUAUUAGAUGAGCCGACAGCAGGUGUUGACCCAUAUUCAAGACGAUCCAUUUGGGAGUUGCUGCUCAAAUAUAAGAAAGGUCGAACCAUCAUCCUGACCACGCACUACAUGGACGAGGCGGACCUUCUGGGGGACAGGAUUGCCAUCAUCGCGAACGGGAGGCUCCGGUGCUGCGGCUCGAGCCUGUUCCUCAAGUCGAGGUUCGGGACGGGCUACUACCUGACCUUGGAGCUCGACCUGCGGAAGCUCGACCUCAAGCCCUGUGAAGAGAAAGCAGUGCCUAAUGGCUGUAUUCCAGGGACCACAAUAGAGAGUCAACAUCAUGACUUAGACAUCUUGCACAUAACGGAGGCCGUGUGCAAGCACGUGCCGUCGGCGACGCUGCACCAGCAGCGGGGCUCGGAGCUGGUGUACCUGCUGCCCCACGGGGACGGGGUUCAGCCCCUGCAGCUGCUGCUGGACUACCUGGACACUGACAUGGCAGCCCUCGGCGUCAGCUCGUACGGCCUGACCGACACCAUGCUGGAGGAGAUAUUUCUUAAGGUUGCUGAAGAAGCAGAACCUGUAGCAAAUGGAGUCGUCUCUGGCCGGGGCUCAGCAGUAGGAAACAUAACCAAGCGAAUGAGGAUAUUGAACCCAAGGUAUCUUUUGGGACAGAAAAGGAAUUCGAGCGGCAGUCAGACGCAUGUUACAAUCGUGGGUGCUCCACCAGCUAAGAGAGAAAUUGUUGUUCGUUUGAGUGGUACUGAUCACAAGUACGUUGGUGUGCCGACCACAGACACCAUUAAUCCCCGGGAACGGCCGAGAGGUCUUUACUGGCGCCAGUUCUGGGCCUUGUUCAUCAAGCGCUUCCACCACACGUACAGAAACCCCAAGGCUCUUUUGUCGGAGCUGGUGGUCCCCGCCCUGUUCGUGUGCCUGUCGCUGGGCUUCACGUCCGUGCUGCCGCAGCUGUCCGUGCAGCCGGCCCUGAGCCUGGAGCCCUGGCUGUACGGGCCCCCCAACCACGUGUUCUUCAGCAGCGAGCGGCCCCGGGACAACUGGACGCGCGCGUACGAGCGAGAGCUCCUGGGCACGGUGGGGAUGGGCACGCGCUGCGCCUACCAGCACGGCGAGAGGAGUACGCACUGCAAGCCGCUGGAAGUGGACAGCAUCGUGUACAAGACGAACGUGUCGGUGCCGACGGAGCCAGUGGAGUGUUCCUGUGCCCGUGGAACCAUGCAGUGCCCGGCGGGAGCGGCUGGACCCGCCCCGCCGUCUGCAGUGAUAUCUACAGGGGACAUCAUGUUCAAUGUGACUGGUAGGAACAUUUCUGAUUGGUUGGUGAAAACAACAUCCGAAUAUUACAAAAUGAGAUAUGGCGGCUUUACUUUUGGUGUGACCAACCUUGCACAAUACUUCAACACCACUCGCAUACAGUCAUUGCUUGGAAAAGUGCUCCCAAACAUCAUCGGAAACAUCAGCAUUCCUUGGGACUUCGAAGACUUCGCAAGUAGAGCUGUUCCUGAAGCUACGCAAGACGAGCAAGAUAACAUACAGGUGUGGUUCAACAACAAGGGCUGGGCCUCAUCCGUGGCGUAUCUCAACGCGAUCAACAACGUGGUUCUGCGCGCGUCGCUCCCUAGGGGCGCGAAGACCAACCAGUACGGCAUGCACGUGUACAACCACCCCAUGAACUACACGAAGCAGGAGAUGGAGACGGAAUUAGUGCAGCAGUCCGGGAUCAGUCUCCUCCACUCGAUCGCAGUCAUCUUCGCCCUGAGCUUCGUCCCGGCGUCCUUUGUGGUGUUCCUGGUGGAGGAGCGCGUGUCCAACGCCAAGCAUCUCCAGUUUGUGUCCGGCGUGAACCGCAUGGUCUACUGGGUAUCCACGUACUGUUGGGACAUGAUGGCUUACAUGGUGGCAGCCUUGCUGUGCGUGUUUGUGUUCCUGGCCUUCAACGAACAAGCCUACGUCUCAGAGUCGAACUUCCCGGGCCUGGUGCUGCUGUUGGUCAUUUAUGGGUGGGCUAUCAUACCUCUGAUGUAUCCAGCUAGCUUCAUCUUUUCUGAGCCGAGCACAGCAUUUGUAGGCCUGGCCUGCACCAAUGUCUUCAUUGGCGUCAUCACCACCGUUGCCACGUUCGUCCUCGAGAUAUUUGAUGACGAUGAACUGCAGUACAUCGCGAGCAUCAUCCGGCAAGUGUUCCUGGUGUUCCCGCACUUCUGCCUGGGGCAGGGCCUCAUGAACAUCGCGGGCAACCACUUUGCCUCCCAGGCGCUGGCUGUGUACGGUAUUACCGUGAAGACCAACGUACUCAAAUGGGGUAUCCUUGGAAAGAACCUUGUCAGCAUGUUUGUGGCUGGAAUUGUUUUCUUCCUCAUCAACCUGGCAAUCGAGUACCAGCUGUACAAAUACUGCUCAUUCAAAAGAAAGGUGGACCCAGAUUUCCCGGAUGACGAAGACAGUGAUGUCGCCACAGAGAGAGAUGCUGUACUGAGAGGAGAGACGAAUGACAGUGUUCUGGUGCUAAAAAAUCUAACCAAGGUAUACGGCACGGGUCGAGCCGCCGUCAACCACUUGUGCGUGAGGGUGAGGAAGGGAGAAUGUUUCGGCCUCUUGGGGCUGAACGGAGCGGGGAAGACGUCCACCUUCAAGAUGCUGACGGGGGACGUGUCGGCGACGGGCGGGGACGCCCUGGUGUGCGGCCGCAGCGCCCGGCGGGAGAUGGACGCGGUGAGGCAGCACCUGGGCUACUGCCCCCAGUUCGACGCGCUCGACCCGCUGCUGACGGUGCGAGAGCACCUGGAGCUGUACUGCCGGCUGCAGGGCGUCCCCAGCGCGCAGAUCCAGGAGGUGGUCGACAACGGACUGAAGAUCCUGCAGCUGGGAGCGUACGAGCGGGCGCUGGCGGGCGACCUGUCGGGAGGCAACAAGCGCAAGUUGUCCACUGCCAUCUCCCUCAUUGGCGACCCGCCCCUGGUGUUCCUGGACGAGCCGACGAGCGGCAUGGACCCGAAGGCGCGCCGCUUCCUGUGGUCGUGCGUGCAGGACGUGGUGGCCAGCGGCCGGUCCGUUGUGCUCACGUCGCACAGCAUGGAGGAGUGCGAGGCCCUGUGCACGCGCGUCACCGUCAUGGUGAACGGCACCUUCCGCUGCCUCGGCAGCACGCAGCACCUCAAGUCCAAGUACGGCGGAGGCUACAUGCUCACGGUGCGGUGCAGCGAGGAGAAGCGCGCCGCGACGCUGGGCCUAGUGGCGGAGCGGCUGCCCCGGGCCCAGAUGAAGGAGCAGCACUACAACCAGCUGCGCUACGAGCUGCCCCAGGAGUCCCUGCGGCUGUCCCAGGUGUUCCGCGACAUGGAGCGGGCCAGGCGCGACGGCCUGCUGCUCGACUACUCCCUGUCGCAGACCACGCUCGAGGAGGUCUUCAUGAGAUUCGCGAAAGAGCAGAUCAUCGAUGAAAAUGCAAAGAAGCGGGGAUGGUGCGGACACUGUGUAGCAUGCUGCAGUUCAUGUUUUGGUGGUUGCUUCAGACCGAGGGCUGAAGAAUAGAAUAUUUUCUUUUCAGCAAAUGAACUACUCAACAAUGUUUUCAUUCAUCAGAGACAUCAUACAUAUUUCUAUAUUGAGUGGUUUCUCUCUUUCUCUGGUAAUUAUUACAGGUUUUUUAAUAUUGGUGUGUCCACAUUUUGCACAUACAUUUUUCAGUCUUAUUUAAUAUUUAAUAUGAAUUUAUUAUGAAUCUACCCUCCCUUUGCGUUCCCCGUCCAAUUCACUGGGGUUUCGUUGGCAAGCAACAUUUAUAUACGCUGACCUUAAGAAAGAUAACCACAGUCUGAGGAAUUAGCUAUCCAAAUUCAAGCUAUUCGUUUCAUGAUACCUAUUGGGUUUAGGCUACUUACUUGUUUUCAAUAUAUUUUAAGUAAGUAAUUGUUUAUAACAUAUUAUGUUAAUCUAUCAGGAAUGCUUACGUAUAUUCUGUUAUACUGACUAAUCAUGUAGUUGAAAAAAUUAUGAAAUUGUUGACUAUUAGAAAAAUGUUGCUAGCAUUAGUUUAUUUAUUAUGUAGAUGUGUGUGUUGUGGUUGAGCACUGUAGAGUGUAAAUUGUGUAAUGGUUUGAGUCCUAGACUCUCAAUUGAGAAUUCUACUGAUACUAACGUAUUGUAAGGCAGCAGGCUGCCUUUUAGUGCUCGCGUCAACUACUUGUUUAUUUCGUUUAACUUAAAGUUAAGAUUGCGUUUUUAACUUUUUAAGCACAAGUUUAAACCUGAAAAUCAUGGAAACAUACUUUUAUUUUACUUAAAUUACAGAUUAAAAAGCAUUUCCUUAUUCAGUUGAUAAACAAUUGAAAAAAUAAAACUAUCAGCAUUGGAUUGAUUCAAAAAUUUACUGCUGUAUUGAAAGAUAUAUUAUGCUUUAAUGACUUAAAAAUUUCAUCCUUAAUUAUAGUUUGAAAAAACUAUUUUUUGGUCUGUUUAAUUAAAAAUUAUUGUAAUUGAAUUUUUAAUACAUUAAAAUUUCGAUAAUGUUUUUAUAACAUAGUAGGAAUAUUGUUCUUUAAAUAUGACUACUUCAGUUAAUUAAGCUGGAAAAGUUUCAUUGUGCCCUCAUAAGCAUAUUUUCUUAGUUCGAAAAACUAUAGUGCCAUUAAAAAUUAGUCUUAUAGGCAUUAGGUCGUAGAACAGCAUUGUGUAGAAGAAACCUUAUGCAUAGAAAGACUGAUUUUUUUUUCAUUUGGUGCCUGAUUUAAUCUUUCAUAUUGGCACUCAUGUGAGAUAACAUGUGUUUUUGUUUUAAACUGUCCUAUUUAAAAAGGAGUCUUUAAGUUCAAUCAAGUCUUUAAGUUAAAGUUCAAAUUUAUCAAUCAGUCUCAAAAUACUGAGAUUUACAAAUUAUAAUUAAUUUAUCCAAAUCUUGCUUACAUUAAAAAUAUAUAUACUUAAGUAACUGAAAUUUCAUAUGUAUAAAGUGUGUGAAGUACAGGUUAUAGCAAGUCGGCAGCAGCGUUGCCUUACAAUAUGCAGAGCUGCCAACCAUUACGGAUUUUCCGUAAUUAUUACGGAUUUUAACCCCGAAUUACGGAAUUACGGAACAUCGCUGGUUUAUUACGGAAACGAGGCUUUGUGCUGCAUGGUAACGGAGAAAAUUCCGUUUCUGCUGUGCGUGUUUCGUGAACGCAGUUUGAAUACAUCGCUUGGUUGCUCAAAUAACGGAACUAGUAAGUGUGCGCAUGUACGAUGUACUGUCGAAAUAAGUAAAUUAAUUCUCGUGGUUUCAAAUAAUAAUGGGAUGGUAUUACGUCCGUUGUACGAUACAACUCGUACAUAUUCUCGGACUUAUCGUUUGAAGGCUACUUAAAUCACGAUAAUAUUUGUACGGUACUUUGGCUAACCUGUGUUAUGAACUUUCGACUUAAAUAUUGAAAAGAAUGGCCAUGCUUGUCGUUUUCAAAUAUUUGGAACGCUACGGUUUUGUAAUGUAUGCACGUGUGACUUUUCGAUUGCACAUGGUGGAAGGGAUGACUGUAGACGGCAUAUUGAAUCAAAGAAACAUGCAGAACAUUUUAAAGCCGUGACUAGCAAUAAAUCUAUAGCUUCGUUUUUUCACUACAUCUGAAGAAACGAAAGUAACGAACGCAGUUAUUGUUUACAAGUCCUUGUGUUUGUCUUGUUGUUUGUUUACAUGACAUUUCUUAUUCAACCAGGAUAAAAGAAGCAAAUAAAAAGACAGUUGUUUUAAAGUUUAACUUUGAAUACUUUGAAUUGAAGAUUCAAAAUAUCCAGUAAAAUUAUUAAUAUUUCUUACAUAUUCAGAUGAUUGUAUUGUUCAAAUAGAUUUUUUUUAUUCAUUAAUUUGCAUUGUAUUCAUAUUUUUCUUUUUCUUUUGCAUAUUAUUGUCUUUGUUUUAUCUUGUGAGUGUGUUAUAAUGCCCCAGGAAAAAUUUAUCGUGCAUGAUUUACGCGUACUUUUUCAUAUACCUAAUUACCAUUACUGAUGGGUGUGAUUUGAGGUUGGCAGCUCUGAAUAUGCGCUGUAAACUAUGCAUAAAUGUUGCUCAGUCAACAUGGCUUGUUUUUUUUUUUUUUUUCACCAACUGAUUUUUUCAGUUGCAGAGUGGAACAUCCGUUUUGCAUUCAGGUCCACUAGUAUUGAGUGUAUUAUCAUGUUAAACAGUAUUUUAUCACAUGUAGUGCGUGACAAAUUUUUUUAUGUAUACGUAGUUAGAUGUUUUAUACAUGUUACUUUUGAUGUACAUCUAUUUAUGGAGUAUAAGCAUCGGUAGAGUUAACACAAUUCUAUCCAUGCCUUGUUGGUAGAGUAAAUUAGAGAACUGUAUUAGUUUUACAUGUUGAAUGACGGCAAUGUUCUUAGUGUUUGGUUUUGUAUGCUGUUUCGGUGUUGUUUAAGAACUUUGCAUUGUGAUGAGUACAGUAUUGCUAGAGCGUAAGUGCGUGCAAAAUAAAAAUAGGUACCCUGACAGUUCCACAUAUAUUUAAGUUGUUGCACGUGUUAAUAUGGCAAAGCAGACAUAUGCCAGCCACGUCAACCAAUCCUCUGCAAGCGGACAUAUAUUUUUUCCUAUGCAAUCUGAAACAGAGUAUAAGUGUCUUGUGUCCGUACUUGCGCUGUCGUUACCUCCAUCCUCCGAUACCAUGGCGCACAAGACUCUUUGUCGAAUCUCAACAUUUCAGUGCAAGCCAGCUAUCAUGUUAGCUUUACAAUACACAUGGCAACUCCAUUUACAUUGCUUUUGAAAUUAAUUAUUCACAAAACUCUUUGGUGGUUUGAGUCCACUAUUUCUCGAAUCCAAAUCAACAUUCUCAAGAAUCAGGAAUAAAAUACAAUACAAACAAAAACACACUAAAUAAAUUUAAAAAAAUUAAAACUAUUAAAUUUUUAAUUUUUAAAAUAUAUGCAUAUACACAAUUUUUUUUAAUUAAAAAAAAACAAUAAUCCCUUAAGUGCUAAACAUAUUCUGCGAUGGAGAUGAACACAAUCAUUUCUUAAGUAGUUUCUUUGAAGCAAAAUAAUCUAGUCCUUGGCAACUACACAUGUUAGUGUUUGAAUUUCUUAGUUGCUCUUCAUCAAAUAUUUUUCUUCUAAUUUUUUUUCUCCAGAUACAAUUGUUUGGAAUACUAAAGAUUUGAUGAAAUUUAAGGGUAUGAUUGGCCCAUCUUUAACAAAAAAAAUAAGUUUCCUUUCAAAUAAUGCAAACAGAACCUCGGAUACAAAUUUUAUAAAUUAGGCAAAAUUAAAUCUCUUUAAUAUUGACUCUUAAAUAUGGCCUUAUUUUGUAUGUGAGUAUUUCGCGGCAAAUAAAAUUUGUGUUUGCAUGUUCAUGUUUUUUUUUUUUUUUUUUUUGAGCAUAAGAGGUACCAGUUGCAGAAAAAUACACAAACUUUACAGAAGAAAAUGUUGUAGGCUUGCAAAAACGUGUAAAGCAGUGGAUUCAGGUUUCUGGGCCUGCUUGCUGUGUGCCAUCCCAAACAGUCCAGUCCGUCUCAUAGUACGUAAUGGUGUGAUAUUCCAUCAGCUAUUACAAAAUGUCAGACUGUCCUUACAGCCCUGGUCCAAGAUGCGUGAUUCGCUUUCUCACCUGACCACCGGUAUACCGUGCAACAACUUAACAUCAGCACGUGCCUUAAUAUAAAUAAUGUAAAGCAUGAUUUAUGUCCGUAAGGGAAGUUUUGCAUAGCUUUUAUUAUUAUUCCCAUUUUGAUGAAGUAAAUUUGAGAAAUAUAUAGCCAAUAAUGACAAUUAAUUUUUCAUGGUCAACAGGAUGUCGAUUUCCCCAAACAUUUAUGAAGCCUUGCCAUGACUAUGGGGCAGCUCUUACCUGAACUGUUGGCGAGAUAUGCAAGUUGGCAAUGCAUAUUGGAGCUAAUCAAACCAGAUCUCUGCAACACGUGGACAUUGAUGGUUUGUCAAAAAAGAAACAUUCCUUUAAAGAUUUAAAUAGUAAUGCUAUGCAAAAAAAAAUUUUUUUACGGACAGUGUAAUCAUGAUGCAGCAAGGAAAAUGUGUUCACUUGUUACAUAUAUCGAUUCUGGUAUUGUGCAAACAAAGUGUUGGGAGACUGUUUCUUGCUGCAGUUUUCCUACUCGCUAGCCUGUGAUGUGAUUGUGAUAUUUUGUGGUAAGAUACAAAUUUUGAGAAAGGUUGGUCAGCGUCGGGUGCUAUAAGCAACGCAGGUAACAAACAAUAAAUAUUUUUUAAGUAAAUGUUAUUAACUAUGUAUGUAUAAUGAUAUUAACUGAAAGCAAGCCAGUGGGUGUAUUUCAGUGUGUAACACCACAAUCCUAUAAGAGCAGCUUAUUUUAGUUUUUUUCUAUUUAUGUUGAUUUACAUAGUUUACAUUUUAUAAAGUUUUAUCAUAUUUUUUUUUUCAUGCACUCACUGUCUCACAGUUAAAAAUUCAAAGUAUGAAUAGUUAUUUUUAAAAAAAAAAAUUAUUUUAUACUGAAAGGCUCAUAAAAACAUGGUCUCAAUCAAUAACAUUGACUCUUAUAUACAUAUAUAAAUAGAAACACUGGGGUAUUGCAGUGUAGAAAUACUUUCUCUCUCGCCUAUCUCAGCAAAGGUAGAGGAAUGUAACGUGUUUCUUCAUUUUCUCCUUGAAAUUCUUACUUGCAUGCCAAGUCAUGUCUCUUUGGCAAAAACACAUACAUAAAACAGUUUUGCAUGCCAAAAAAUAUGCCAGAAUUGUGUGUAAUUCCUUCGUAAUGUGAUGACUAACUAUCAUCAUCCAUGGGAACUAAGUACUUUGUCCAAAAAGCUGUUUAAGAAUUGGCAAAAAUUUUAUUUUCAUUGCAUUUAUAAGGCAACCAUUAAAUUGAUACUAUAGGUGUCUAUAAAGGAAACCUUUGAUAGACAAUGCUUUCUCAAAAAUUAUUUUAGCCCUAAAGUUUUGUUGUAAUCUUCAGAGUCCUGGAUGACUGCAUCAUGAAGUUGAACUGCAGGCUUUUAAUAAUGUGAUGUCAGACUUUUUUUUAAAAAUAUAAUUUGUUUUUUUAUUUCCAGCCAAAAUUUCAACAACCCAUUCCAUUACACAUUUGUCGUCCUACUGCAGUACAAUUAUAUUGUGCCAUACAGUAUUUGUCAUACAAUUAUAUAAAUUUCUUAUUCUAACGGGACCACUAAUAAUGUAAUGGCAAUGUAUUGUGGCAAAAUCUACUAGUAAACUUUUACUGGUAAACUUAUCACUGGCUUGCAUUCAGGCCUAAUAAAUGGCUGUAAACUUAAUAUUUUCAGCAGUGGUGUCCAUACAGAAGUAUUUGUUAUUUAGUACUUAGUAAUUUACACCUUUGUUUGUAUGUGUAAUAGUAUAUUUACUGUUUUCACAGCAUAUAUGUGCAAGAUGUAUGUAUUUUAUUUUUUUUCUUUCAUUUUCAAUUUUGACUAUUAUUUUGUAUUGCUACCUUACAAUGGCUACAUGCAUGUAAAAACAUGGAAAUUUCAGAAUUCCUUCAAAUUUAAAGGGGACAAUUUAGUCUCUCAUGAUUAUUUGUGAAAAUAAGCAUGUUUUCAUUUGAUUGUUUCGUACAGAAAAAUCAAAAUUUUCUUCAAACAAUUUUAAUUGAUGGCAAAGGUUUAAUGAAAUCAAAAUACUUAAUUUUUAACAUGUUAUUGAAGUGCCUGCAAUGGUACGUCAGCAUCAUUUGUUUCGAAUAAAGAUUUUACUUACA